CAGCGGGUGGAAUUUCAGGUUCCUCGUCGUCCUGGUUGUUGGGCUGUUUUGCUGGGAGGGUAGGUCGUGUUAUUGCCCGGUUACCCCCGCCGUAUCGCACGUCCUCGCCUCCUACCUUCAUCAGACCCUUCAUGUAUGUAACUCCACGCUUUUGUGUCGGAGACAAGCAUGACGGAGAGCUCAGCGAGUCGGGAAGAGAACGGCGGUCCGUGUCAUGGUGCAGCAAACGGGCUGAAGGAGGGAAGGAACGGCUUCGUGAAGAACCACCACCACCCGCAGAAGAAGAUACAUAAACAGCGCGACGAGAAGGUUCACCACGGUUCGUGCAAUGGAGGGUUAUAUAGCAGGCCUUUCAUUGAGUCGUUUGAAGAGACACCCAUGUUGGUGGCUGUGCUCACGUACAUGGGCUACGGCAUACUCACCAUCUUUGGCUACCUGAGGGACUUCCUCAGGGCGAGGAAGAUUGAAAAAUGCCAUAUUGCCAGAGAAAGGGAGGAGCAGAAGGAUUUUGUCCCACUUUAUCAAGACUUUGAGAAUUUCUACACUCGGAAUUUAUACAUGAGGAUUCGGGACAACUGGAACAGACCCAUAUGCAGCGUGCCUGCGGACAAAGUGGACCUGGUUGAGCGAGUGUCUUAUGACUACAACUGGACCUUUAGCCACACAGGCAGGGUGGUGAAAGACGUGAUCAACAUGGGCUCGUAUAAUUACCUCGGCUUUUCUGAGAACAAGGGCUCGUGUGCUGAUGCAGUGGCAGAAGUCACUCUGAAAUAUGGAGCUGGAGUGGGCAGCACCAGGCAGGAGAUGGGUAACCUGGACGGGCAUGAGGAGCUGGAGAAGCUGGUAGCCAGGUUUCUGGGCGUGGAGUCAGCCAUGGCUUUUGGCAUGGGUUUUGCAACCAAUUCCAUGAACAUUCCAGCGCUAGCUGGCAAGGGCUGCCUGAUUCUGAGUGAUGAGCUGAAUCACGCCUCUCUGGUUUUGGGAGCUCGACUUUCCGGCUCCACCAUCCGGGUCUUCAAGCACAAUAAUAUGCAGAGCCUGGAGAAGCUGCUCAGAGAUGCUAUAGUGCAUGGCCAGCCCAGAACACACCGGCCCUGGAAGAAAAUCCUCAUUUUGGUGGAGGGAAUCUACAGCAUGGAGGGCUCAAUCAUCCGCCUGCCUGAAGUCAUAGCCCUGAAGAAGAAGUACAAGGCCUACCUGUACCUGGACGAGGCCCACAGUAUCGGCGCUCUGGGGGGCAGAGGUCGAGGAGUGGUGGAUUACUUCGGCCUGGACCCCACAGAUGUGGACAUCAUGAUGGGCACUUUCACUAAGAGCUUUGGAGCGGCUGGGGGUUACAUUGGAGGGAAGAAGGAGUUGAUAGACUACCUGCGCUCUCAUUCUCACAGUGCGGUGUAUGCCACCUCCAUGUCUCCUCCAGUUGUGGAGCAAAUUAUCACUUCUAUGAAGUGCAUUAUGGGAGAGGAUGGAACCACUAUAGGCACAGAGCGCAUCCAGCAGCUGGCGGAAAACACAGUCUAUUUCCGCAGGAGGCUACGGGAGAUGGGCUUUAUCAUCUAUGGCAACAACGAUUCACCUGUGGUUCCCCUGAUGGUCUAUAUGCCUGCCAAGAUUGGGGCUUUUGGUCGAGAGAUGUUGAAGAGGAAUAUAGGUGUGGUGGUAGUGGGCUUCCCUGCUACUCCUAUCAUCGAGUCCAGGGCACGCUUCUGUGUGUCUGCAGCACACACCAAAGAAAUGCUAGAUCAGGCUCUGAGUGCGAUCAGUGAAGUGGGCGACUUGCUGCAGCUGAAAUAUUCCCGACACAGAAUCCUGCCCACUCUCGACCGGCCCUUUGAUGAGACCACAUAUGAGGAGUGUGAAGACUGAGAGUCUACCAGUCCAAACCAAAAGUGCACUGCUCGUCCGGAGCUCUCCGAGAAGAGUCACUGAACCACUUAACAAAUGCCAUUCUUAUUUUUUUAUCAUGAUGAUUUUUUUUUUAUAAAGCAUAUGGAGUUCCUAAUAACACUGAUGCUUUAAAUUGGAAAAUGUGUUCUUUUUUUUUUUCCUGUCAUCUUUGUUGUUUCUUGUCUGUCAUUUUGUCCUAAGAUUUGAGAUGUGUGCUUAACUGAUUGUGACAUUUAUUGCGGGGAAAAGAAACGCUUCAAUUCCUCUCUGUCGACCACAAGAGGCUUUGGACUGCUUAUGUUCUUGCUAAAGCCAUAUGUAACUGCAGCCCUCAAACCUUUUUUUUUUUUUUCUCCUGCACGCAGAAAGCAUCUUUUUCAGUAAGUGGGACCAGACCAGUGGGGAACAAAUUAUCAGUCCCAGAGAUGCUGGCUUAGGAAAGCAACUCUUGUUUCUCCCAAUUGCUUUGUAGUACCUUUGCUAUGUUGACUAAAUCACACACCAAAAUCACCAGAGCUUCGCCUUCUACGUGUUUCUUACUUGAACUUAACGGCCAGUUUUUUUGUUUUUUUUCUCUUCCCCCCACUGCAAUAUCAAUCAGACAGUCAGUAUUCAUAUCUGGAAAAUCUGUGGUCAUGCACAUCUAUCAAAUUUUCAUCUGUAAGAAAAAUAUGCGCAUACUGGAAUAAGCUAACAUCCAUCAAGUUCCAGUGCAGGAAACUGUUUCCAGAGGCUUGAACAUCUGUCCGUAGGAAAGCCCUGUGUGUAUGUUUCUAUUCACAGAUGUUAAAGGGGCAGUCUGGCCAAAAUUAAAAACUUGACCAUCUCUAUAUUUGUUGUAAACAUGCUUAUUCACCCCCUUCUGAUGAUAUGUCUUGAAGGAAGGGAGAACUUUUGGAAAAAGUACAAGCGCUUUGGGGUGGGUUCUACUACCUUUGCUAAUACAGAAAGAAGCCAGAUGGCGAACGUUACUUCUAGAAAGCUGAAUAUCCCGUUUAUAUGUGUUAGCCUAUACGUCAGUGGAUUUCUUAUUAGAGUAAGGGGUGGAUUCCCAGUGGCUUUGCAUGCAGGGUAUUGUAGUGAGAGAACACUGAUGGAUGACAACACAAAAAGAUGCAAAGCUGUGAAUCCUGGUGAUCCGAUGAGGGGAGCGGCACGGUGUUGCAGAGUACUUCAUAACUUCAUAAACGUUAAAUACUAGUUUUAGGUUAGAAUGCCCCUUUAAAAGAACCAGUUUUCCCCAUUUUUAAAUAAUCUUCCUAGCAGAGUCUUAAGUGAUGCAUAUAUAAGCUUCAAUGUCAUAAUUAAUAUCCAUGUCGUCAAGCGGGUUUAUAGUCGUUUCAGUUUUUUUUUUUUUUUACUUAUUUAUUCCCACUUUUAUAUGCUCUGACCACAAGCGUUAUCACGUUUUUCUUUUGUUAUUUAGUAUUUUUUGAAGUCUUCAGGCCAUGUCAGGAGUCUUAACACCUGCUUUAUAUGUGCUUUCUCUUACACUCCAGUUUCUCAGUGUACAUAUUUAUUUAUUAUGAAUGUGUUCUUGUCUUUAUUCUUGGAAAACUGCACUCCGUUUAUCUAAGGCAGCUCCAGAAGGCCUCACUCGUGCACGCUUGUCUACAGUGUGCAUGCUCUCAUGCAGAUACUACUGAUGAGUAUUUUUCUAUCAUUCUGUCAUCCCUCAAAUGCACGUACGGCGCCUCUGAAGCUGCUAGUUUACGAUAAAAGGUGAUCGAACGAACACGGUUUGUGGCUUUUAUGGCUUUUCAUUCCAGAUCUUUAUUACUGUUGUUGGUCAUUAAUCUUUGCAUUGCGUUUGUUGGUUAUAAAAUGUUUCACAUGGCAUUUUGUUUUCUGAUUUGUCCUUUUUAAAUCAAAAAAGGAUGGAUUGUAAAAUAAAGACAGUUUAAAAAUAGUAUAUAGCUGCAGUUAUAUUGAAUUAUACACCAGAUUACAUGAGAAUUUUUUUCCCUAAGGAUCACAGUAUAUGAGAAGAUGGGAAAAUGAGGUGGCCUAACCACUGAAAUCCAUUUUAUUUUAUUCUAUUUUUCUUUCUUACAUAUGUGUACUUCCUAGGAUAACCGCUGAGGGUAUUUCUCAGUUUUUGUAGUACUAUGGACCAGGUCUGAGGACAGCAGGGCAGUUUCAGUGUAAAUCUAAACCAAGUCACUUGCAUUGUAAGAACAUGUCUUGUGUUUAACAACUUGGAAUUCAUACAAAGACUGCAUACCAUAUGAUAGACCUCCUUUUUGGAUCAAAGUACACUGUGGGCUUCGUAUUAAACUGUUUCACUCCUUGGAGGACAUUAAAAUACAAGCACUAAAGUGUAUUUUGUCUUGGAUUCUUAUUCCAGCAUUACAGUUUGCAGCUGUCUGCACUUUAUUUAUGAAUUAAAGUGAAUCACACUGGC